UGAUAUUUACUUGAUUGUAGAAUUCGAAUAGAAUUGAUUGUUGAUUAAUAUUAUGGUCAUGAUAGUAUAUAUCGUGAUAACAGUUAAUAGUCAUUGUCAGUUAUAUGAUAAUUUUAAAUUUAUUAUUUUUUAUUGUCUGUCGAAGUGUAUUUUUUUAAAUAAGUUAAUGCAUAUUAGUGAGUAUUAACUACUGAGUAAAAUAAUAGAAUAUUUCUAGUUUUGAUUAGGUAUAUAUUUUAUAAAAUAAUAUUUAAAUGUAAAUAUUCUGUUUUGUGUAAUUGCAUAAGUAUAAUGCUGUAGUGUACAUAUUAUAUUGAAUAGCUCAGUACAUGCAUAGUGUUACAUUUUUAAAAUCAAAACAUGACCAUGAAAAAAUCUAUUGUCAAAUUGUUUGAGAAGUCUGGCGAAGUUGGUCCACAACCAAAUUUGCUGAAAAUGCUUAAAGACAAAUUUAUCGAAAUGAAUUUUAAGGAAUUUGUUAAAUUGUUUAUAGACUCAAUUAUGUCUAUUAUAAUUUCACAAACAACCAUCCAUUGUGUAACUGUCAACAACAUGAUUAAGUUUGCUGCUAAUGGUGUAUCUGUGUUAUGUGAACACACUACCAAGGACGGUCGUAAUGGCUUGUAUUUGAUAUCUGAUAUUUUCCAAUUGUGUCGUAAGUAUGGAAAUGCCAAUGAUAAAGUUAUCAGAUGGAGAUUUUGUUUAUUUCUUAACCACUUGUUGAAUCACAUGACUGAAGGAACAGUAUUGUCUGUAGAAUUGUGUGACGUUGCAACAUUGUUGUUGUUGGACCGCUUGCAAGACAAAAAACCAGAAGUUCGAGCACAAGCUGCACAUGCUCUUCACUUAUUGCAAACUUCAGAUAAUCCCAAAUGUAAAAUUGUUAAACAAUUCAUGUUCCAUAUGACUUGUGAUUCUAGCGCUGAAGUUAGGACAGCUAUUGUCAAAGAAAUUGCAAUGUUUAGCAAUGUUGUUGAAGAAAUGUUGAAUAACACAUUAUUUGAUGUUAGUGAUAAUGUCAGAAAAGAAGCUUACAAUCGUUUCUUGGAAUAUCCAUUUUUAAGGUUAUCAUCGAAGCAAAGACAAACAAUAUUAGAAAAUGGAUUUGAAGAUAAAAAUGAAUCUAUUAAAUCAUUAGUGAAAAAACGAUUUUUGGAUAGCUGGCUAGAUGAGUGUAAUAAUGAUUUUAUAUUGUUUUUAAGUAAUUUAGGAGUAGAAAAUGAAGUUGUAUGUGAAAAAGCUUUAAAUAUAAUAUUUGAGACCUAUUAUGAUAGUCAAGUUUUGGAUUUAAUAAACAAAUAUUUAAAUUCGGAUACACGAAUGAUUGCUUUUGAUAAAUUAACCAUAGAAAAAAUUUUUCUCUGGAAAUGUGUAGCCAAAUACUUAACUACUGAGAAGAAAAUUGAAUUAGCUCGCAACCAAGGACAUAUUGAUGAUUAUUACAUUGAUGUUUUACUACCAGAUUUGGUAAAAUUUUCUGAUUAUAUACGUGAAUAUUAUUUUAAUUCUACAAAUAGUAAAGAAUUUAUACUGACACAAUUGUUAGAUAUGAGUAGUGCAUUUGCUAUAGACGAUGUUGGGGCAGAAAGUCUAAAUAAACUUUGCUUAGAUUUAAUAUUAGAUGAACAGAUAUCUGUAAAACCAAUAAAAUCUGUGGCAGUAUUGUUCGAUUUGACUUUUAAAAACAGUCAAGAUCUUUUAAAUUAUGUUAAAGAAAUCUUAAAUAAAAUUCAAACACGAAUAAUUGAUGUAUACCCUUUAAUUGAUCAAGUAGGCAAAAAAGAAUUAUUUAAAUGUGAAUUGGAAUCAAAAACUGAUAAGAUUAAUGAAAUUAUAAAAAAUGAAACCUCAAAUACAGAUGAAUUAGAGAUGUUAGUAUAUAAUAUGAAGAAAAUAAAAAAACAGUAUAAAGAAAUAAAUGUAUCGCCAGAAGAACAGAUAUUAGUAGAUAUAGCUGUGAAAAAUUUACUUAAAGUUUUUGAACUGAUUUUUCAAGUACAACAAUUACCAAAAGUUGGUACUGAACUUUCUUUAUUAACAGAUAUUACUCAGAACAUUGUUGUUGGAUACUUGGAUUGUUCUAUGGUAAAUGUACGAAUGGAAGCUAUUCGUUCUCUUUCACCAUAUUUAUUGGUAAAUAAUGUUCAUGCAGCCAAAGAACACAUGACUACUUUAUGCGCUGAAAUAGCAAAACCUAUGACUGAUAGGGACUUGUUAUUCAAAAUAAUGUUUGAAUUGUUCAUGCGUUAUGAUCUCAAAACGUUUGAUAUGAAUGAUGACUUGGAUACAGAUGAAGAAUAUGAAAAUGAAUUUAGCGUUGACAAUAUUUUACCAUUAUUAGUUAACUGUAUUGAUUAUGAUCUAGAUGAUAGUAGCUUUAAGUCAGUACUUAUAAAAGGUUUUUGUGACUUAUUGAUAUUUAAAAAAGUCAAGUCUAUCAGUUUACUAUCUAAACUUUUGAUAUUAUGGUUUAAACGUUUAACACGUAAAGCAUUCAAUACAUACAAUCAUUUGGUGAAAUUUUUUACAUCUUAUGUGUUUUACAUUGAUUCAAGUAGUAUUGCAUUGGCCAUGUGCUAUGUUCCAGUGUUAAAAGAGAUUGACGAAUACAAUUUAGCUGAAAAGUUGGAUAUUAAAAUGGAUGAAGUAAAUUCAACUUUAAUUAAUCUAACACGAGGACUCAUGUACAAGAAUGAAAAAAAAGCUAUUAACGCUCAUGGUGAACUGGCAUGUUAUAUACUUGAUUAUUUAUUAGACGAAAACCAACCCUAUACAGCUAUGUUAGUAGAUACUCUGUAUAAGUUAGAAAUUGAUUUUGACAACAAUAAUGAAUUGGUAAACACAAUUGGUCCAAAAUUGACACGUGUGAUUAAAUAUUUAAAAACUUUGGAUGACAAAAGCAGUUCAAAGUAUUUGAAAAAGAUUAAGAACAAAUUUGAUCCAGUCCUACAAAAAAAACAAUCUUGUACAAGAAAAAACAAUAAAAAGGAAGUCAAUGCUACUGAAACGGAUAAAGAGCAAAGUCAAGUACCAUCGACCAUCAACUCAGAAUUGGACUUGACAGAAGCUCAUGAUGAUUUGUUUGCUCAAGAAAAUAUAGAUAUAGCCCAAAGUAGCGAUGACGAUGAAAGCAUAAAUGGGUUCACGACUACAAAAUUGGAUGCGAUAAAACGUAUGUCAGAAGUUUUCAAAAGAAGUUUCAACGCAAAUGCAUGCGAAUUAACUUCAGAUAGCGAUUAAAAUAAUUUAAUUUUAAAUAUUAAUUGUAAAACUUGAUCAAAAUGUAUUUUGUACUAUUUGUAAAAUAAAUAUAAAACUGUAAAUUUACUUUUUGUAUUAGUUAGAA